AUGAGAGUCCCUUACCUACCCAACCCUCCCAGAGGUCUCUCAGAGACUGAUCAGCAGAUCGCCCAGCGCAUUGCUACGCGGCGAGCCGAUGAUGGAUUGCUCCCCUUGGAUCUUGUUCUCCUGCACGCACCUGAAAUAGCCAACGGCUGGGACGUUCUCUUCUCUGCUAUCCGAAACAAGUCAAGCCUGCCCGACCACCUACGAGAGCUCGCUAUCGUCCGGACAGCGGUGCUGAACAAGGCGUGGUACGAAUGGGGUUGGCAUGCGCCCCUGCUCCGCGAGACCGAAGCCUUCAAACAGAAUCCAAACAAGAUGAAGACUGUAGCGAAUCCAAAGCCGAUUCAGCCUAGAGAGUUGAACGAAGUCGAGUGGGCCGUCCUCACGUUUGCUGACGAGAUGACGACGAACAUCAACCCGUCCGACGACUGCUUCAACAAGCUCCGAACUGUGUGCCACUUUUCGAAUCAAGAAAUCGUCGAAUUGACAGCUACUGUGUCGAGCUACAACUUUGCCAGCCGCUUUCUAGUUGCUCUGGACAUUGGCGAAAAGAACGGCGAGGUGCCCGAUGAGAUACGACAAUAUUAUUAG